GGUGNNNGGGAGAGAGAGAGAGAGAGAGAGAGAGAGAGAGAGAGAGAGAGAGAGAGAGAGAGAGAGAAUGUUAGCUAACGAUAUUUUCUGUCUCAUUUGAUGGGUGGUAUGUGGUGGACGGACGGUGAUUGGCAGGGAAGAGGAACGAAUGGCAUCGCUUCUGCAAAGCAUGCAGCCGAGAGGAAGGAUAGACUCUAUGGCUGGGAGGAAUUUCUUCGUGGUUCUUCCGGUGAGAAGCGCUCUGCGCGUUUUCCGCAAUUGAUGAAACUGACCAUCAAAGGCGAGGAAAGACAGUCCGAAUUCGUCUUUUCUUCAGUUAUGGGUGCCGCUGGCGAUGGUUCAGAUAUGGAACCGACGGAGUUUUCGCGCGUACGCACGAUCAUGAUUGCUCAGGACCAUCUCUUCAGAGAGCAGGUCCGUGAGCUUCAUCGGUUGUAUAGAGUGCAGAAAAAGUUAAUGGCCUUAGAGGUCACAGUAUCUCAGAAUAACAGCAGCACUGCAGGGCAAUCAGCAUCAGUGGGUCCCAUAGGCGAGGAGGCCCGAGCUAGCAACAUGGUUGUGAGAUCAGUGCUGGCAGGAAAGGGCGCGAUGGCCGAGUGUGCCUCGGAUGCGGUUGUACCUGUCCUAGGAGAGCUGCAAAAGGCUAACAAAAGGGAUCUGUCAGGCGCACAUACGAUGGAGGAGAAGAGCAAAAACAUUGUGUUGCAUGCGGGGGACAAUUCUAUCAGCAAGGGAAUCACAUCCGUGCCUGAACAGAGCAGUGGCGGAAGGAAGCGUAGACCUACAAUAGAUCUGGAACGUCCCCCUGCUGAAGAUUCCGAUGACUCUGACUUGGGGAAUGCUAACGUGAGUGUCUUCCCAAAUGACGUGGAUUCACGCAAUCAUCUGGUGUUGGACAAAUAUAGUGAGGUUGGUGCGAGGGCGGAAGAAGUCAGUCCUCCUGGUAGAGGGAAUGAAACUGCAAAUGGCACUAGACCCGGUAACUGGGUCGAUAGUGUUACAGCUGGCAAAUCUUCUGUGGCCUCUGGCGAUGAUUUACGAGGUGGAUGGAGGCAACGGGAGAUUAGCCAGCAGCGAGAGAUGAGAGGAAGGGAAGCAAACAGUUAUGCACAGGGGAAGUAUGGGAGAAAGAGGAGGCCGCAAGAUGAUGAUUGUGGAGGAAGCACGGCUGACCCAUUCCCUGGCAAGCUGUGGGAGGGUAACUUGAUGGCAACCACGGCGACCGAGCAGACUGGUGGGCAGCUUGAUACCUGCACAGCACGCCACGAUACCUCGAGAAUGAGCUCGUGUGAGGGUGCCGAAGCUCAUGCCAAUGGAGGAGCUGGAAUGGAGGAGCCAUCACAACGACUUUACCAGAGCAGUUGCAAUGGAAAGAGACCAAAGGGAGGAGUUUCUGCUCACGAAAGACGAGAGCAGCAGCGGAUGAUGCAGAGGAAUGCCGGCACGCAAUCGAGUGGGCUUGGUGAUGGAGCCAAGAGGAGGGCACAACAUACGUACGACACUCCUGCUGCUAAUGAAAGCAUGAGUGUCCCUGAACCUUCUGUCUGGGGGAGUGAUGAGGUCAUGCGUCACGAGUCACCGGUUAAUAAGCAUGUGGGUCCGGUCGGGCCGAAUGUGCAUGAGGGUGUGGAAGUGCCGGACGAGAACUCUCGGCGUGGUGUCAGGCCAGGUGGGCUUGCUGUGUUGGCAAAAGAAGGUUCACAAGGACAAUUGGCAGGAUCAGGGCCAAGGAGCGGCAAAGACCGUGUCACUGGUGGCAGUGAAGGAGGUGCUCUGCUCCAGGAAAAGCAAUGUAGAGAGAUUCUGCCAGGAGCGGGUGAAGAUGACCGCACAGGCGUGGCCGGUGGAGUUGUGCCAUUCAAGCCAACUCCUAUAGUGGGAUAUUCGGUGCCCUCGACACAACACUCCGGCGCUGGUGCAGUGUCAGUUUCAUCUGACAAUGUCAGCUCCCAAAUGAUGAACUCUGGAAUUCACAGUGCAGGUCCUGGAGUCGGAAUGGGCCCAAGCGACACUGGGCUGAUGUCACCCGGUCCUUGGGCAGAAGGUCCAGGUGGUGGUCCAAUGUUCCUCCCAGGGCUUUUUGCUCCAGGGGCUGGCUACCUACCGUUGCCAAUGCCAGCAGGCACUAACAUGGGAUCGGGUGUGCCUGGUCCCACUGUAAUGAUGCAAGGUCCUGGUUCGGGUCUUAGCAUUCCAGGUCCUUAUACAGGGGUCAUGGAUGGUGGGAUGACUCUCGCUGGUGUUUCAGCUUCAGCACCUGCUGGGAUGGUUAGUAUGAAUGGAAGUCUGUGUCCAUCUGCCGGUCCUAGUUCGUUUGGUGCGCUGGGCUCCCCUUUCAGGGCCCCAUACCCACCAGGCUUAGCCGCCUUUAAUGGCAUGGAUCCCACUAUUGCAAUGUGGUACCCUCAAGCAGGGGGUUACCCACCAGCAUUCCAUCCACACUUUCAGCCAUUGCAGAUGGCAGGGCCUUAUCAGCAGGCUGCUGCUGCUGCAGCGGCUGCCGCUGCAGCAGCCGCAGCCGCGGUUGGAAUGGCUGGCAGCGUGCAUCCGUCCAUGAUGAUGAAUUCGUGGUUUACUCCUGGUAUGGGUAGACUACCGGCUGGUGUUGGGGUGCCGCCAUACCCUGGCGCUAGCGCAGCUGCGGCGAUGUAUGGUGCAAGUGAUGCUCUUUCUGGAAACCCUGCUGGGUCAGCCCCCUCGGGCAUGCUGACAUACAGGUGCAAUUCAUCAUCAGAAUGUAGCAAUGGGCAGGUCACGAGGGAGGAACAUGCUGCAAGCCAGCCUGGUGGAUGGGCAGCCGGGGGAACCGGUCCCCCAUUCCCAAUUGUAGCGAUGACACAACCACAGCGACCACCUUUCAAGCGCCCACCACCACUGGUCCUGAUGCGGGAUGGGAACAGCAUGGAAUUGAAGGUUGUUCCUGCAGAGGAGAAGGAGCGUGCGAUGAGGGUGACUGGCCAGGAAAUUGGAAUUGCCUCUGGUGAUGCGGUCACAAACGAUGGCAGGAAGGGACAGUCGUCCCAGGCAGAUGUCAGGGAUGAUGCCCGGGCGAGGACAAUUGGCAGUCGUGACGCGAGAGCUCCCGUGCGCAUUAAGGCUGGUGUCAGGUGUGCAGAACCUGGAGCUCAGAAUAGUGGUGGGGGUGAGGGAGGCCAGAAGUCUCGUGUGAGGGACAAAGGCAGGCAGAAAGACACACGGGCUUCCAGGGACCGUAGCCGAAGGAGCGCCGAAGGAGGUGCAUGUUCGAGGAACUCUGCACAGGGAAAUGCAACGGGUGCUUUCAACAUAGGAGAAAGCACCCCGGGGCAGCAUGGAACCAUGGCUGAUGUGUCCUCAGGCACGCCUUUUGUUGAUAAAGGAUCCAAUCCUGGAAUAGAAUCUGAAGCAAAACAGGUUUUGAGUGUAGAUGAGAAGAAUGCCACCACCCACCGAUCAGGGAGCCGAGCACAUGAUGCUGCUGCUUGCGGCGUGGCAGAAAAAGCCAUGUCCGCGACCAGAGAUGACAGAGGGAAGCGGGAGGAGGACAAUUUGCGUCCUGCAGGCUCUGUCAAUCAGCCAGGCCUUGCAGCUGACUCUCGCUUAUCUCCUUGUGAGUCCUCGCCCCAUCGCCCCAGGGAUAAUGAGCAUCCUCAGCACAACGUCGGUAAUUGCCGAACUUCUGGUGAACGUAAUCAAACUGGCCCUGAAGACUGUGCAAAGGAUGUGUGCACGAUGGCAUCUUCAGAAACAGGGUGUCGGGAUAAGAGGGGGCCCGAAUAUGAUGGGGAGGUUCAUGACUGGAGGCAGUGUGAUGGACAAUCCCCUGACAAGAACGAGCUUAUGAGACACGCCGAUGAACCUCUGGAAAGUAAUGUUGGCAUGAUUGAGCAUCAUGAUCACCAGGGGGACGAAACAGAUGAGGAGGAGGUGGGGAACUGCCCCAUGCAGAGAAACCUGGCGGCAGUGGUGAGCGUGCGCGAUGGCAGUGGCAAGGCGGUCUCUUCACAACUGAUGUUAACAACUGGACAUGCGAACGAGCAGAACCGGUCAUGCCGUGAGGAAAUGGGAGGUGUUCUCCAAAGUCUGGACAAAAGUGUUGGGCAUGCAAAUGGGGGAUUCUUACCGUCUUUCCAGCAAGAACGCUCUGGCACGGGAGGAACAGCUGAGGGAGGGCGAGGAGGUGGUGAGGUUGUCGAGGGGUGUGAAGCUGACAACAGACUUUCUUCCUUUUCCAAUGCGAGGGGCAAGGGAGAGGUGGCGAAGGCGGCGGCACUGUCAAAAAUGAGUGAAAGUGCCUUGACGACUGACCAAGUGUUUGAUGGUGUGCGGAAAGGCACAGUGUGUGACCGAGAGAGCCGUGGAAACUCUCUGGGGACUGCUGUGGAAGAGGCUGUCCAGCGUAAAGUUCAGCAAGAGGUGAAGAGGGAGGCUGGUAGGGUAGGCAGUGGGAGUGAUGAGGGUCAACAAAGUGGCUGUGUGACGGGGGGUCUAGAUAGUACGUAUGGGACGAAGAGGAAAUAUGACGGUGGGGAAGGAUGGUGUGUGACCAGUGAAGAUGGUGAUGGCAUGGAGUCCAGUGUAGCUGAUGGGAAGACUGGCGUCUCAGGGGUGUCAGAUGUCUCCUGUACAGGUCAGUGUGAGAGAGAGUGUUCUCACAAAGUCAUGCGAUAUGCAGGACCAGGACUCGUUGCCAAUGGAAGCGGACAGAAUUGUUCCUUGGUCUCACAUAUGAGGAGCAGGUGUGCGACUGCGGAGGGUAGGAUGGCACAUGUCCCGGCAGCAGGCUCGUCUAGAGAAGCAAGUGGAGGUUGCUCGAACUCGCCAUUGGAUGUGCAUGACCAAUCUCCCUCUCCUCAAAGCAAUGGCGUAAAUGACCGGACUGAACACAGACGAUGGAAACAAGGUCAUCACAGGGUAACGGGUAAGGGAACGGAGCCAUCAGCGAAGGAUAUGGAAGUGCCAUGUGCCUCAGGGGCAAAUAAACCUGGCGGCGAUGAGAGAGGGGACAAUGAAGACGGCAACCGGUGUCCUGGGAGUAACCUAAGGGGGGAUGACGGAGCAUCGCACGAGGAUGGCGAGGUUGAAGAAGGGGAGUUUGCCGCCGUGGGUGGCAGGUCUGCACUCCCUCAUGAACAGGGGGAUCGCAGACGUGAGAGCAGAGGUUGCACCACUCAGCAGGAGAGAAGGCAGCCCGGCGGAGGGGAAAGUUGUGGUGGUUCAUGGUCUUCUGUGCACCAUGAGGGAAAAUCUGAUGUUGGCCAAGACCGGUCAUGUCGUGUGAACAGCUCACAGAAUGGGGUCCUGAGACCACGUCCCGUGCGUGUAGCCGUGACGGGUGACACUCUAAUGUCGGCAGUCGGGUUUGCUUCAAGCUGUCAUGUUGGACAAGACAAAUCAUUUAGUUGGAAAAGCCAACAGGUUCAUCGGUCGUCAGAGGGACGAGAAACAGGAGACUGCAGGUCGGUGUUUCAGACGGUUGGUCCACGUAGAGCGGUGCCUUCUCAGGGGGACGGUUCUGGUUUGCCACAACGAGUAGAAAUAUACCAGUCUGUCACAGUGAUGGUGCAUGAAAAGAGGGAUAAUGGGAACGAGGGUUGGCAGGAGAGGGAGUGUGGAGGGAGCAGGGAACAGCAAAGCUCUGGGAAGAGAGAGGAUUUCCCUAGAGGAGCAGAUGGGAGAUUUCGAGCAGGGCGAAGGAGGGGGCGGAGGUCCUCGUCGACGGUCGUCCUUGCCGCAGAGAUCCGGCCAAGCGUUGUCGCACUGACGAAGUGAAAGUAACCUAGCUCUUCGAUGUAGGACUGUGUUAAUAGGUUUGCUACUGCUCGGUAGCAUUUAUGAUUUAUAUAAUUUAUGUUUCGUUGUUUCCCUAGUGCGUGCAUACUUGAGGCCAUGACUGCCUUGUGGAAUAGAGGCAGUUGCAGUUGGUUAUCUUCAGCCGCGCCCAUGCCUUCGCUUCAAAUUUCUCCAUAUGAAACUGGGUGUCUGUGUCUACGUCGAAAGGGGGUACUGGUGCCUGCCUGGUAAGGUGCUUCGAGCGAGAUGAGAUAUGACAUGGGUAGCUCUGGGGAAAAUGCAGCUCCAAAGUGAUUGUGCUCUCACUGUAAUUUUUCUCGGUGGGCUAUCGAUCAAUCAAUGGUUCCAUGGCCUUGUACUUCAGUCUGGCUGCCGAUCUAUUCUGAUGCAAGGGACUGUCAUCCUGUCUGUGAGGGUGGGUCACGUCUCCCAUUUGUGAAGCAGAGGAGGGCCGUCCCACAUCCCGGCGCUCUGCUUGUCCCCUUACCUCAUGUUGCUAGGUAGUUCUUUGGUAGAGCACAGUUCCUUGAGCCUUCUUAGACAGACAGUGAAAGGCAGUUGAAAUACGGAGAGAGAUCCGUCCAAGCGAUGCAUUUGAAGCAUUUAGACGCCUUGCUUCUCCUGCUUGCAUCUGGCAAUGGUACAGACACACAGAGCUGAGGAUGGUUGGCCAUGAUGUUCAUCAGCGGCAUUGCACAACGGUUUUAAGAGUCUCUGCUUGUGCCAUUGGGCAUAGCUGUGAAAAUGUACAGAGAUAUCCAGUCUGCCAAAUAGGAUUGAGAUGUUGGUUAUAAGAUUCCAUAGCAAUUUUCUUCCCACAUACAAACAGUAAGUCAGGUUGUUGAAGCAUCAUCCGCCUGAGCCGGUGUCUUGCCUCAGGCCGUCUUUUCCCUAAUCUGGGGGGUAUGCUGCUUCUUAACUGUAGUCGCGUCAUGCUGCCAACUAGCGUUGUGGCAGCGAAAUAGCCUCGACUCAGGCACCGCUGUGCCAAUGUACAGAGAUAUUUCUGCUAUUUGCUUCAAACUUCUAGUUAAUCAAUCGGUAAUGGGAAAGCCAUCUUCUUGUAGAUUAUAGAACAACAUUUCUGCAAAGCAGGGCAAUUUUGUAGCCAGCUGAAUCGAGAAUGAUGCAGAGUCAGUCAUUUCUGUACUAGGAGCAGGCACCGAGGAGAGAAAUGUGGAUAAAGAUGUCAAUACACA